ACAAUCCCCUUCUCAACCCAUUCACUCUCUCAUCAUCAGAACGAACAACUGCUAACGAACAAAUCCUAAGCUUCCAAGUCAUUCACCCCUUCCAUGUUUGUAUCUUCUUCACCAUUCUUGUUCUCUUCUGCGCCUGAUCAUACUUCUUCUCGGAGUCGAAAUUUUUCUCUACCGGGCGACUCCAUCCAUUCCCGGUUUCCGAGAUGAGCCACUGAGAAUCAUAUUCUUUCGCGGGCAAAAAUCAGCACUCGUAACUCUUGCUGGGGUUCCUUCUUGUACUCGUGUUAUACGUGCUUAGGGUGGUUCAGGUUCUGCGACAAUGGAGGGCGGGUGGAGCUACGAGCAGAAGACGCUGAUCAGCGAGCUGAUCCAGGGGGCGAACUUGGCGAAGCAGCUGCGGGCCCACCUGAGCUCGGCGUCCUCGGCCGAGACGCGUGAGGUGCUGAUCAAUGGCAUAAUAAACUCGUUCGAGAAGGCCCUGAUGGUCCUCAAGUGGAGUGGGCCCGUUGCAUGCCAGCCCCAGCGUGUCCCAGCCCCUGCGGUGGGGGCCAGCGGCAUCCCCGGGUCGCCGCUCUCCGUCAAUGGGAGCCCCUGCAGUGAUGACUUCGACAGAAGCGCGGCUGUGAGGGAGCAGUUUGAUUGCAGAGAUACGUCUAAGAAGAGGAAGAUGUUGCCGAAGUGGACUGAUCAGGUGAGAAUUAGCCCAGAUACGGGGCUUGAAGGGCCGCAAGAUGAUGGUUAUAGCUGGAGAAAAUAUGGUCAAAAGGACAUCCUCGGUGCCAAAUAUCCGAGAAGCUACUACAGAUGUACGUAUCGAAACACUCAGAACUGCUGCGCCACGAAGCAAGUCCAGAGAUCAGACGAUGAUCACACCGUAUUUGAGAUCACGUAUCGAGGGAAACACACGUGCCUACAAGGAGGGCCUUCGACUCCGGCCCCACCAUCCCCCGAGAAACAAGAACUGAAGCAGGUCACCCAUGGCAAUCACCAGCAAGACCAGUCCCAGGAUGCUCUAGCACGGUUUCGAAAUGGGCUGAGGGUCGACACGGAGAACUUGGAUGGCAGUAAUAUAACCGAAAUGCCACGCCCCUUCUCUUUCCGUUCAUCAUCCUUCGGGUUCGUCCAUGGUGAAACCCACAGCUCUUCAGGCUUGGCUAACAACACGGGCAACCAUGGAGGGAACCUCUCAUCCCCAUUCUUAUCUCCUUCCACGCCCGAAUCGAACUAUUUCUCGCUCUCCCCAUGCCCGAUGACUGAAUUUGGGCAGAUUCACAAUAGAUACCGAUCCGAGUCUGAUCCUGCAGAGAUAAUUUCUGCCACCAACUCAUCCGCGAAUUCUCCGAUCCUUGACUUGGAUUUCUCACUCGAAGAAGUGGGCAUUGAGCCUAACUUCCCAUUCAACACCGACGGAUUUCUUCCCAAGUUAGAUUAUUAAUCCCUUUUAGCUUAUUCUGUUGUAGCUACUAGCAUCAUAAACGGGAAGCUAAGAUAGAUUGCUUUGUAUAAUAGACAGUAGUUUUCUCUGCUUUCAGCUUCACGGUGGUUUAAUUAACCAUGAGAUUUUUCGAAUAAGUUCAAUUCUUUUCA